AUGUGGAGUGCACUUUUGGGAGUCUUUGAUAUUAAAUAUAUGCCUAGGUCCUCUGUUAAGGGUCAAGUCCUCGCGGACUUAGUCGCAGAAUUCGCUGAACCCUCUGUAGAAACAAUAACCAAGAAGAAAGACAUGGAUGGAAAAUCGGUUGGCAUAAUCUUAGCACGGAAGACCUUGCGUUGGAGGGUCUACGUGGAUGGCGCGGCCAACCAAAGAGGAUCUGGAAUUGGGCUAGUUUUAAUAUCGCCCGAAGGUAUUGCCAUUGAGAAAUCACUGAGACUCGCGUUCUCGGCUAUGAACAACGAGGCCGAGUACGAAGCCUUACUUCAAGGGAUGACGAUGGUUCAAAAAUUGGGCGGAAGGGUAAUGGAAGCGUUCUUGGACUCUAAAUUGGUCGUUGGCCAAGUGAUGGAUUCGCUGGCCACUCUUGCCACGUCCUCGGCGCAUGAUCUGCUGCGAAUAAUCCUUGUCGAGGAUCUAGUCCAAGCGAGUUCAAUUAGAAGAGACCCAGCUCAGGUCCAUCAGGUUAGAAAGAGUCUCAGCUGGAUGGAUCCUAUAAUGAACUUCCUCAAAGACGAUACACUACCAGAGGGAAAACUAGAAGCCGAGAAGAUACGAAGGAAUGCUCCUCGAUUUUGGUUGUCGGAAGACCACAAGCUAUACCGACGUUCCUAUUCUGGGCCGUACCUAUUGUGUAUACACCCAGAGGGGUCCGAGUCCCUGCUUGAGGAGCUACAUGAGGGAAUUUGUGGGAGUCACACAGGAGGAAGAUCGCUGGCACACAGGGCACUCACCCAGGGAUACUGGUGGCUGAAUAUGCAGAGAGAUGCCCAAGAAUAUACGAAGAAGUGUGAUCAAUGCCAGAGAUUCGCCCCAAAUAUCCACCAACUUGGAGGAAUCCUUAACCCCCUCUCUAGCCCUUGGCCGUUUGCUCAAUGGGGUCUUGAUAUUGUCGAGGCUGAACCUUUGGCCAACAUCAAGGAUAUGGAUGCCAAGAAAUUCAUUUGGAAAAACAUUAUUACGUGCUUCGGAACUCCUCACACCCUCAUCUCUGACAACGGUCUUCAAUUUGACAGUAAGAACUUCAGGAAAUACUGCAACGAGUUUAGCAUCACCAACAGAUAUUCCACUCCUGCCUACCCCCAAGGAAAUGGGCAAGCCGAGGCUGUGAACAAAGUCAUAAUAAGCGGUCUGAAAAAGAGAUUGGAUGAUGCAAAGGGGAGAUGGGUGGAAGAGCUCCCGCAUGUUUUAUGA